UUGAAAGUGUGGAAGCGAACCGCCCUCAUCGUCGUACACGUACAUAACGUACGUACGUAGACAUACAUGAUAUACAUACAGCUACGUACAGCUAGCUAGCUAGCUCCAAAUACGACAAUUUUUACGUGUAAAUUGUGUACGUUUGUGACGUGGCGAAGCUGUAGUCAUCGCUAGAGUGACUGUUGGUUAUCUCAUCUAAAUCGACGAUAAUCUACUUCGCUGUUUUAUUUAGGCAGAAUUUCAUCAGAUCAAUAUGUGGAAGGGACUUUUUAUAUUAUCAUUUGUGAUUUUUACUCUGAUAUUCGUGGUGAAAGGAGAUGAACAUACCCACGAAUAUGAAGACAAGGAAGAGGUUGUCCUGUGGAUGAACACCGUAGGUCCGUACCACAAUCGACAGGAGACAUACAGUUACUUCUCCCUCCCGUUCUGUAGAGGGCCCCAGCAGGGCAUCAGCCAUUAUCAUGAAACUCUCGGCGAGGCGUUGCAGGGCGUCGAGCUCGAGUUUAGCGGGCUUGACAUCGAUUUCAAGUUGGAUAAACCCCAGACUCAGUACUGUGAGAUUGAGGUCACAGACGAGAUCUUGAGAGCUUUCUCAUAUGCCGUCAAGAAUCAUUAUUGGUACCAGAUGUAUAUUGAUGAUCUACCCAUCUGGGGUAUCAUUGGAGAGGCAGAUGACAAUGGUCAGGACUACCAUAUCUGGACGCACAAGAAACUGGACAUCGGCUACAACGGCAACCAGAUCGUUGAUGUCAACUUGACCUCUGAGGUCAAGGUCAAACUCGAGAAAGGGAUCAAGAUUCCGUUCACGUAUCAGAUUCAGUGGAAGAAGUCAGCUGUCACCUACAAGAAGCGAUUUGACAAGUACCUUGAUCCCAACUUCUUCCAACACAGGAUUCAUUGGUUUUCCAUCUUUAAUUCCUUCAUGAUGGUCAUCUUCUUGGUUGGACUUGUCUCCAUGAUUCUCAUGAGGACUCUAAGGAAAGACUACGCUCGUUACAGCAGGGAUGAUGAUCUGGAUGACAUGGAACGUGACCUUGGUGAUGAGUAUGGAUGGAAGCAGGUUCAUGGGGAUGUGUUCAGACCGCCAACGUACCCUUCUGUAUUCUCUGCAUUGAUAGGCAAUGGAUAUCACAUGUGUACUGUAGUACUCUCUGUCAUUGUUUUCUGCAUUUGGGGCCAUCUAUACACAGACCGUGGAUCCAUCCUCAGUACAGCCAUCUUUGCCUAUGCUGCUACAGCACCUGUAAAUGGGUAUUAUGGAGGAGGACUGUAUUCAAGAAUAGGAGGUAAAUCAUGGAUCAAACAGAUGGUAUUGGGUGCUUUUCUUGUUCCAAUGAGCGUCUGUGGUGUUGCUUUCUUAAUUAAUCUAAUUGCUAUGUAUUAUCAUGCAUCAAGAGCUAUCCCAUUAGGCACUAUGCUUGCAGUGACAGCUAUCUGCCUGUUUGUGAUCUUACCCCUCAAUCUGGUGGGUACCAUCCUGGGUAGGGCCUUAGCCGGUCAACCAAACCACCCAUGCAGGGUCAACGCAGUGCCACGCCCCAUCCCAGAGAAGAAAUGGUUCAUGGAACCUUUGGUCAUCGUGCUGCUUGGGGGCGUCCUACCCUUCGGUUCUAUCUUCAUUGAAAUGUACUUCAUCUUCACAUCUUUCUGGGCCUACAAGAUCUACUACGUCUUUGGCUUCAUGUUGCUGGUGUUUGGCAUCCUGGCCGUGGUGACGAUAUGCGUCACCAUCGUCUGUACCUACUUCUUACUCAAUGCAGAGGAUUAUCGCUGGCAGUGGACAAGCUUCCUGGCAGCGGCCUCUACAUCCUUCUAUGUCUACCUGUAUAGUUUCUAUUACUUCCUCUUCAAAACAAAAAUGUAUGGCUUGUUUCAAACAACAUUUUACUUUGGUUACAUGGCACUGUUCAGCUUAGCACUGGGAGUGAUGUGUGGAACCAUCGGCUACGUCGGUACGGGAACUUUUGUAAGAAAGAUCUACUCCACCGUCAAAAUAGAUUAGAGCAGUUUUGGAGUGGAUCGGCCAUCUGGCUAUGUGCAUCAGGAUUUGAAUUGGCUGUGGAAUGGAGAAAAGACUUUGAAUCUUGAUUCGGUGGAAUUGGAACUAUGAUUGUCGAGGCUGGUUAUGGAUUUGUAAGGCAUGUACAACUACUCAAAUGUUAAAAUAGAAAGGCAUUAAAACUUGUAUUUUGUAUGACUCAGUUUUAUUUACAAUGCGUUAGUGCCCUUCUGUCUUUUAAAAAAUGAUGAAAUUGAAAGAGAUGGGAAUAUUCCGUCAGUGUGUAAUUCAUUGUUUCAGAGAAUGGCAGUUGUAUUUUCAAGCUAGCCUGCACCCAUGCACAACCAGUGCUAGCAAAUGUUCAAUUAACCCCUGUGUUGUUUGUUUAAAUGUACAUGGGUAGAUGGUGAUUAAUCAAGAGGGAGAAAGAAAGGGGAAAGGAAGAUGAGAAAAAUGAGAACAAAAGAUACAGUGAAAGAGAUAUUGAGAUGAAUGGGGGAAAAUUGUCUCAAAGUUAUCGUCUGGUGCCAGCGCUUCUCAACUGGUGAAGUUAACCCACUUUUGGGAUGCAGCGCUUCAAAGAUUCUGACAAAAAGUGUCUUUCUCAUUCACAUUUAUUAUUACUCUUCUACUCUCACAAGCCACUGCAGACCUUGAUGUUAAAAUGGGUUGAGAACCACCAAGCCAGUUUGAAUUCAGAUCCUUAAAAAGCGCUAAUUCUAAGCUUAAUUAGACCAUUUCAAUAAAUAGAUUGGCAUAUUGCAGAUUAGACAAGGAAGAUAGAGAUAUUGAGAGUUUGAGAAAGAAAGACAAAACCAGAAGAUUGUCAAGCCAGUCUAAUGUUGAUUAUGUAUCAGAAGACAUGUGAAGCUACAUCUUGAUCUAUUUUAUGACGUGACAAUUUUCACUGCAUAAGCAUAGAAAAAUAUCACUGAAUAUAUUUAUAACAAAUAUUGAGGAGGCUUAAAUGAAUUCAUGUACCAUUUGAUUAAUCAACAAAUGUAGUAUUGAUUUAAAAAUAGGUUUGGAAAUAAGUUUAAGAGCGCUUUGAAAGUCUCUAAUUCGAGUAUUAGAUGUUCAUAUAUUUAAGAAUAUAGCAUUGAGAUUUGAAAAUAUAUAUAUUUUAUUUCAGUCCAGUUCAUUUUUUUUCACGAUGAAUUUUUAUCUUUCCUUUUUUCAUGCUUUGUCUUGUGUCAUUGUGUUUUUCUAUUGUGAGUUUUAUGGUGUUUUGAAAACUGGAAUAACUGGAGUUUGUUUUCUUCAUGUUCUAAAAAUAUUCUUUCUCUAUUAAUUGACAUGAAAGAUAAAUGAUUACUUUUCGAAAGGUUGUUUUACCUUUUCAUUUAACUAUCAAUCCCAAUGAUAUUUAAGUGAAAGUGAAGAUGCAGUCUCAGAAAUAAUUAGAAAUAAGAUAUUUAUGUGAUGAAAAGGGAGGUUCACUUUUGUUUGCAAUGAUUCAUUAAUCUUAUGGAGGAUGUGUUGGCAGUUAAUGUUCAGUAGCACAUAUUAAUUUUAUGUAUGCUUUCCACAUGUAUGUAUGCUUACUACAAGUAUGUACUUUUGAACAACUUGACCUGUGAAUAGCCUUUGCCGUAAAAUAUUUGAGGUAAAAAUUUGAUGUUGAAUUUCUCACCAAGGUAUAUGUUGAUUUAAUUUACAUAUAAUAUGAAUUUGUUGGAUUUUAGGUAAGUUUCGGGUUUGUUUUUCUCUUUUUUCUUUAAAUUUAUUUUGCUGCAUGAAUGCCUGUAUUGUAUGGCAAUUAGAGGGCUGACUGGCAGUUUUUGUUCUUUUUGAUUAGUUAAUGGAGAGUAAUUUUUACAUGUAAUUAGGCAGGGCUAAUUGAUGCAUCGACUGAUUAAAUCCCUUGUUUGUCAGAUUACAAGACCUGGGGCCUGUAACACAAAGCUUAGCAAUGAUUGUAGAACAUUUUUAAACAAUUUGAUUGUAUUGCCUAAAAUGUACAUUCAAUCAUGAAAAUCAAGUGCACGAUCAAUCACUAACUUUUGUGUUAACGGGACCCUUGGCGGUGUUUCACAAGUGCAUGUUAUUUCGUUGAUGGAUACACGGGUAGAGGGAUGCAUUUCGUACCAUAUGCUUCUGGGAAUUGAAGUGCGAUUUCUAAGUCACAUUUAGAUAUUUGUGGAACAGCCCCUAUUUUGGAUUAUCCAUUGUAUGGUUGGUAUGAUGCUUUGGUGUAAGCUCUGUGUGUUAAGAAGAAGUGCAAUAGAGUUGCAGUUCCAGGAUCGCACCAUUAUGGUUCACACAGCUUGAACAGCCUGGGCUAUCUUGUCGGUCUUGGAAGGUUUUAUAUUGAGAUUUCCUCAUUAGAUCACCAAUUUGCACAUAAUAUAAUAUUGAAUGAUCUGUAAUGGGGCUAGUUGACAUGUCAUUGUUGCUAUGCCAGACUGCUCAAACAAUCUUCUAAAUUCCUCCUGGAUUAGUCUGUUAAUUUGUGGAAAGGAAUGUGAUUUCAACCUAUUUUAUUCCUACAGUAGGGUUUAUUUGAUUCCUUAUUAGAGUUAUUCACAUUUCUCCACAAUGCAUAUCGUUCCAUUAUGUUCACAAUUGAGACAGUUUGUUUGUUUUCCUCAAAAUUUUUAUGUAGUUUGCCCACAAAGCUCAUUAAAUUAUUUGGCUUGGGUUGGUGAGACAGACAUUCACAUUUUACGAUAAAGAAUUUAAUAACAGUAAAUUCAAGAAUUUUUCUAUUCAAUUGGUUCUAAGCAAGUUAUAGGAUUUUGACAUACCAUCUUUAUAAAUCUCUAUUUUGGCCUACUUGCAUCAUUUAAGAGCAUGCCAAAGAUUUGUUUGUUUCAUUUUAUUUUGUUUUUUUUUAACCUAUAAUGUUUUAUAAUAUGCUUUCAUGUUUAUGUAAUCCAUUAAUGAAAAGUGCCUGUACUUCUGAAAGCAUUUGGUAUUGUUUUGUAAGCUUGGGACAAAAUUUGCUUCUCAAAAAAUUUAUUUCCACUACAUGAGUGACAAGUUUGGUAGUACUCUGUGAUAAAUUGUAGUAGUGAGAUUAGAAAUGAUUCAAAAAGUAAAAAGAUGGUGAUUGCAAGAGAAACAGAGGUGAGCAGAUGGUAUACAUCAUUCAUCUUACUAUCUUAAAAUUAACCUGAUGUAGGUUUUAAUAAUUGGCAUUGCCUGGGCGCUUGAAAAUGAUGGUUGAUUGUUAAACAUUGGUUUCAAGCAACAAAAUGUCGAAGCCUACCCAUGCACCACCUAAGCACUUAAACUUGUGCCAUAUUUUACACUUGCAAUGAAAGAGGUCUCUUUGUUCAUUGGUUUAGUCGUACAUGUUGUCCAUCUCAGAUUUAUGUCCCUUUCAUACUUAUCAUGGUUCUGUUUAGUAAGCAUUGAUGUCAUUACCCAAUGCUAAGUGUAAAUGAUAAUAUAGCUCCCAGCUCUUUAAAUGCCUUAGUUUCGAUAACACUGUAAAAAAUGAAACCAUGGUGUUUACUUUAAACACCAGUCAUUGUAGUGUGAGAGGAACACACAUUCGGGUGGUAAAGAUACACCAUGGAGUUUGAAUUUAACACCAAAUGGCGUCAUAUUAUUAAUAUAUAAGACCAAAGAGUGUCAUAUUCAGGUGUUAAAGAUACACCACAGAGCUUGGGUAUAACACUCAAUAUUGUUGAUAUAACCAACAGAAUAACACCAAUGGAUGUUAAACCAAAAAAAGUCACUGGUGUAGAAUGCUUGUUGUGGUCCUCUGUACAACACUGACUGGUAGAGUUAUAACACCACUGUCUUUGUAGCAAACCUUUAACUCGUUUCUAAAUAUGACAGUUUUGAAAUAGGCUGAUUGACAAACACCAAAGAAAAUGGUAAUUCAAACAUGGUUUGUUCUCUUGCACUGACAUUCAGUAUACCAUUGUGAUUGUACUUGCAUAUGAUACUUUUGUUGUGUAAUAUUUGUUGUUUUGGAACUCUGUAUUUUGUGGUUUGUGGCAAAAGGAACUACAUCUGCGCAUCACACACUUGUCUAAAGUUCCUUCCUUGUGCUUGUAAGGGCAGGUAAUAUUGAUUACCAAUCAUAAUUACCAGUUCAACUCUACACACAAAGACCAACUACAUUCUCAAUGUUUCCAAUAUGCACAUUAUUAUGUUCUUGCAUCUCUUUUUGCACUCUUCAUGACCAAUUUCAAAACACAAAGAAUAUUUUUAUUCUCAGUCAUGCAGUUUUGAAAAAUUUAUAUUGGGGUUCUUUUUGAAAUCAUACAUUUGUGUAUUCUCAUGAUUUUUCAGAAGCACAUUGCAUGCAAAAAAGGGUAACAACCUUUUCAUAUUCGCUAAAUUUUAUUUUAAUUGUUAGUUUAGUAUUUGCAAUAUAACUCAUUUGAAUCAGUCUGUAUGAGUAUAUAUAUUUUUUAUCUUAAUGAUUACUGUAUGAUGAAGUGUAUUGCUUUUGUAUUUCAAGGGAUAUGUUUGGCUGCUCCUGUCUCCUGAAAGCAUGGUUGUCCCAUACUCACAUUGAUAGUUCUAAACUUUCAUAAGUGGUAUUAUUUACCAAAGUGUAUUAUACUUUCUGUAACAUAUAUUAUUUCUACUGUGUGAAAUGUAUAGCUAAAGAAGAGAUUAUGAAUUGCUCUGUACAUAUGAAAAUUUGAAUAGAAAUUGAUAGCUCCCCUUCAUCAUAGUUUUUGUAGAUAUAUAUUAUUAUGUAUAUUUGUUUAACGUUAUGAUCAAGUCCAAUUUUGGUUGCCAAUAGCCCGUUAAGAUAAAGUCAUUUUUGUUUUUAUUUCCCCAACAAUUUAUGGUUACUGUCUCUAUGGUUGAUAUUUAAAAUGAUAAGCAAAGAAAAUGCGCUUAUAUGUAUGUGAAGUUGAUUCUUAUUCGAUGAUUAAAUAAAUCGCUGACUUGACACUCGUAAA